AAAAAGAAAAAAAGCUGUCCUGUAAAGUUUCGUCUCCGUCCAUCAAUUAUGCUGGAGAUUUGGGAAGGAGAACUUUUUUAGAACUUUGGUGCUGGAUCUUCUAUCUACAGAUUUUUUUUCUCUUUUAAAGAAGGGAUAAAAACACAAGGAUUCAAGAAUAAUUGUAGCAGAGCAGGCCGGAAGAGGAGUCGCAGGGCUCGGGAGGACUCAAAGGCAUCUCGGUGGCAGGUUUAUGGAAAUGCAGGAUUUAGCCAGUCCUCACAGCCGAGUAAGUGGAAGCAGCGACUCUCCGACCGGUGCCGGCCUUGACAACUCCCACAUCCAUAACAACAAUUCCAUGACACCCAAUGGCACUGAAGUUAAAAGUGAGCCAAUGAGCAGCAGCGACAUCGGCACCUCAGUAGCCGACACCUCUCUGGACAGCUUCUCCGGAUCAGCUAUUGGAAGUAGUGGCUUCAGCCCAAGACAAACGCAGCAGUUCUCCUCGCAGAUUUACCCUUCCAACAGGACGUAUCCGCAUAUUCUUCCGACCCCUUCGUCCCAAAAUAUGGCCGCGUACGGCCAGACGCAGUACACCGGAGGAAUGCAGCAGACCACAGCUUACGCCAGCUACCCUCAGCCUGGCCAGCCCUACGGCAUCCCGGCGUACGGCAUCAAGACGGAAAGCGGACUGAGCCAGUCGCAGUCGCCGGGCCAGACGGGCUUCCUCGGGUACGGCUCGGGCUUCAGCACGCCCCAGACGGGACAGGCGCCGUACAGCUACCAAAUGCAGGGCGGUACGUUCACAACAACGUCGGGAUUAUACGCCGGCAACAACUCCCUGACGAACUCGACGGGCUUCAGCAGCACACAACAGGAGUACCCAGGGUAUCCUGCCUUCGGCCAGGGUCAGUACGCUCAAUAUUACAACAGCUCUCCCUAUACGUCGCCCUACAUGACAAGCAACAACACCAGCCCCAGCACGCCCUCCACCACCACCACCUACACCCUGCAGGAGCCCCCAGCCCCCAUCACCAGCCAGGCCAUCACGGACAACCCCACAGCGGAGUACAGUACCAUCCACAGUCCAUCAACCCCCAUUAAAGAUUCAGAUUCAGAUCGAUUGCGCCGGGCCUCGGAUGGAAAGUCACGUGGCCGGGGCAGGAGGAACAACAACCCGUCGCCGCCGCCCGACUCUGACCUUGAGCGAGUAUUCAUCUGGGAUCUGGAUGAAACAAUCAUCGUUUUCCAUUCCUUACUCACGGGCUCCUACGCCAACAGAUAUGGACGGGACCCACCAUCGUCAGUAUCAUUAGGACUACGGAUGGAAGAAAUGAUCUUCAAUUUGGCAGACACGCAUUUAUUCUUUAACGACUUAGAGGAAUGUGACCAGGUGCAUAUCGACGACGUCUCUUCGGAUGACAACGGUCAGGAUCUAAGCACGUACAACUUCGGCGCGGACGGCUUCCACGCAGCGGCCACUAGCGCCAACCUCUGCCUGGCCACAGGUGUGCGAGGAGGCGUGGACUGGAUGAGAAAGUUGGCCUUCCGCUACAGACGGGUGAAAGAAAUCUACACCACUUACAAAAAUAACGUCGGAGGUCUCCUGGGCCCUGCCAAGAGGGAAGCCUGGUUGCAAUUGCGAGCAGAAAUUGAAGCCUUGACGGACUCCUGGUUAACACUGGCACUGAAAGCACUGACGUUAAUCCACUCAAGGUCAAACUGUGUGAACAUUCUUGUGACCACCACGCAGCUGAUCCCCGCCCUCGCCAAAGUCCUGCUCUACGGCCUGGGCAUCGUCUUUCCUAUUGAAAAUAUUUAUAGCGCAACUAAAAUAGGUAAGGAGAGCUGCUUUGAGAGAGUUGUACAGAGGUUCGGAAGAAAAGUUGUUUACAUUGUAGUCGGAGACGGCGUGGAAGAGGAGCAAGGCUCGAAAAAGCACAACAUGCCCUUUUGGAGAAUCUCCAGCCACUCGGACCUCAUGGCCCUCCACCACGCUCUUGACCUGGAGUACCUGUAGCAGACGUCCGCCACAUCCCGGCUUCUCCGGAUCAGGCUCUGCUCGGUGGAGAAAACCCCAACACAAAAGGCCCGUUGUGCUACCUGCGGCGUCUCAUCUUCCGAAAGAAGAGGAGAGCGGUCAAAUGUGCCGACAUCCGGGCACACUUUGUCUUAAACAAUUUUUUUUUUUUUUUUUUUUUGCUGUUGUUUAUCGUCGAUCGUCCCGAGAGGUGAAAUAUUUACAGCCGUGGUUACUGUGAAAAUGGACUGCCUGGACUUGGUUCAGGUUCUCUCCCUGUGAGGCUGCCCCGGUUCCUGCGUCCCCAUCAAACUCCCCCACCAGCGUUUCUUAUUUAUGAACUCUGUAAGAAGACGACAAAAAAAAGAAAAGAAAAGAGACUCGUUCCUGAGGACUUUCCGGGCUUUUUUUUAAUAAUUUAAGAAAAAUGACAAAAAACUUUAUUUACUGAGACAAUCUUGUACAGAGGUGGGCUGUUGUUGUUGUUUUUUUGUUGUUUUUUUUUUGUGCGUGUGUAAAAGUUUGUAAU